ACACCCACACAAUAAACAAAGGCAGCUGCACAUAAAUUAUUACUAUUGUUGGUUUCGCUGCUGCUAGCAACUUUAAGCGUUCUGGAGCUACGCGCUACUCAACCUACGGCCGCGAUGAGCAGCAAUACGGACCAGGAAACGGCACCAAUCGCCGCGCCGCGUAGUGGCAGCGCUGGCAGUGUGUUUCGGAGCUUCGGCUCCCUUUUCGGGGGCAACAACUCGGACACCACUCGCCCGCUAACACCGCAAUCUGGCGAUGGCUAUGUGGAAUUUGGGAUGCAGGAUCCAGAACGGAGUGGGCGAACUCUGGGCACCUUUGCUGGCGUCUUCAGUCCGGUGGCCCUGUCGAUGUUCAGCGCAUUGGUUUUCAUACGUGUUGGCUACAUUGUCGGCAAUGCGGGCCUCUACAUAACUCUGCUGCAGUUCCUCAUCGCCUAUGGGAUUCUUCUGUUUACGGUGGCCUCGGUCUGCGCCAUCUCCACCAACGGAGCGAUUGAGGGCGGAGGCGUCUACUUCAUGAUAAGUCGCACUCUGGGCCUGGAAUUUGGCGGCUCCAUUGGCACCCUGUUCUUCUUUGCGAAUGUCGUCGGCUCGGCCAUGGCCAUCUCUGGCUGCACCGAGGGCAUCAUGGAUAACUUUGGACCGGGCGGACACUUUGUCGGCGACGGCGCCACCCUGCCCGACGGCAAGUGGUGGCGCUUCCUCACCAGCAGCAUCAUCAACACCUGCCAGCUCCUGGUCUGCCUGGUGGGUGCCGCACUCUUUGCCAAGACGUCAGUGCUUAUUUUGGGCACGGUGACCAUAUCCCUGGUGGCUACGUACAUCAGUUUCCUGGCUCUAGGCGGCAACGAUGACAUGAUACCGGUGCCCGUGGAGAAUACGUAUUAUAAUAAAACUGCACACCUACCGUAUACGGGUCUGAGUGCGAACACACUGAGCGAUAAUCUGGGAGCGCAGUAUGGCCACGAUUAUACAUCGAACAACAAGAUCGUUGACUUCUCCACCACCUUCGGUGUGCUGUUCUCCGGCGUGACGGGCAUCAUGGCGGGAGCGAACAUGUCUGGGGAGCUGAAGAAUCCCGCUAAGAGCAUUCCCUGGGGCACACUCUCGGCGGUGGCAUUCACCUUCGUCUCGUACAUCAUACUCUCGUUCCUGAUGAGCUGCACCACACCGGGCGUGACGAUGCGCAAUAACUACCUGUUCCUGCUGCCCGUCAAUCUGUGGCCACCAUUCACGGCCAUUGGCAUACUGACGGCCACCUUCUCCACGGGACUGAGCAACCUGAUUGGCUCCAGCCGGAUACUGGAGGCCCUGUCCAAGGACCAAGUGUUUGGCUCGCUGCUGAACUUUGUGCUGCAUGGAACGUGGAAGGGAAAUCCGAUUGCCGCCGUUGCGGUCAGCUGGGUGAUGGUCGAGUGCAUCCUGCUGAUUGGCUCCUUCAACAUCAUAGCCCAGAUCAACUCGGUGCUGUUCAUGCUCUCGUAUCUGGCCACCAAUCUGGCCUGCCUGGGCAUUGAGCUGACGGGUGCCCCCAACUUCCGGCCCCUGUUCAAGUACUUCACCUGGCACACGUGCCUCGUGGGCCUGCUGGGCACACUCAUCAUGAUGUUCGUGAUCAAUCCGAUCUAUGCCUCCUCCUGCAUCAUUCUGUGCCUGAUUUUGGUGAUUGCCUUGCAUCUCUUUUCGCCGGCCACUCAGGCAGCCCAAUGGGGAUCCAUUUCGCAGGCACUGAUGUUCCAUCAGGUGCGCAAGUAUCUGCUCAUGCUGGAUCCGCGCAAGGAUCAUGUGAAAUUCUGGCGCCCACAAAUUCUACUGCUGGUCUCCUCGCCACGCUCCUGCUGUCCGCUGGUGGACUUUGUCAACGAUCUGAAGAAGAGCGGCCUCUACAUCAUCGGCCAUGUCAAGGUGGGGGACUUCAGGAGCGUCGAGGAUGUGGAGGAGAACCAGCAAUGGUGGUCAUUCCUCGAUCACAUGCGCGUCAAGGCAUUCACGGAGGUCACGCUGAGCCGCAGCAUUCGCGAGGGCGUUCAGCAUUUGAUACGUUUGUCGGGCAUUGGCGCCAUGAAACCAAACACCAUUAUUCUCGGCUUCUAUGACAAUGAGCCGCCCAAAGAUUUCUUCAAAAACGGUUCCUCCCCCUAUAAAACGGAUGACUUCAACAGCGGCGACAUACAGAAUUUCCCCAUACGACGCGAUGGCGAUCCAAAGCAUUUCCAGGUGCAGGAAUACGUGCAGAUCCUCUGCGAUACGCUGCGCAUGAAGAAGAAUCUUUGCCUGUGCAGGAACUUUCAGCGUCUGGACAAGAACUUUAUAGCCAUAAGCAAACACGUUAAGUACAUUGAUGUGUGGCCCAUUAAUAUAUUCAAUCCCACGUCUGGCGAUCCCUUCGACAUGGUCUCCCUGUUCAUGAUGCAGCUGGCCGUGAUAAUGCUGGCCAAAUGGAAGCAUCUGCGAGUGCGAAUCUUUCUGUGUGAAACGAAUGAUGAGCGCACUGUGGGAACCUUUGACACCCAGGCCCCUCAAAUGGAAGUCUUCUCCAAGAUGAAGCUGCAGCAGUCGCUCAAAGAGCUCCGCAUCACAGCCGACAUUAUUGAGAUUGAGGAAUGGAGUCGAGACUCUGAUUUCGUGCGUCAAGCACGCACCCUCAAGCAGUUCACCGGGCAGGCGGAUAACGCACUGCUGGAGGACGGCGAUGAGACCACGCGUCCCAUGUCGGUCCUGUACAUGAACAGGGCGAAUCAAAUUAUACGCGACCGUUCGGAUCAGACGGCGCUAUCGUUCAUCUACUUGGCAGCGCCGCCAAAGCUCUCGACAACAGAUUUUGCGGAACGCAGUGACGCUUAUGUGGAGCUGCUGACGGAGCUGACGGCUGAAUUGCCGCCCACAAUUCUGGUGCAUGGCGUCAGUACGGUGACCUCGACAACGCUCUAGACUCGAGACUCUAGGCGCAUGGCAAAAGCAUUUCCAUAAGUGAUAACAAAAGAGAAAAAAAGCAAACAAACCCCCCACCCACGCAGUGCAACCAAGCAACAAAGCAACAGAGCAACCGGAAUGAACCAAUUUAGACGGCAAUUUUAUCAUCUAUUGUGUGUGUGUGUGUGUGUGUCCUAUGUGUGCUGGAAGCUUUAGCAGUAGUCGUGUAUGUUCGUUCAGCUAGCACACCGCGGCAUGCCACAGGGAGCAGAAUCAGACUUCAAAUCAAUCCUCAUAUCAGCCGACUCCACAUAUAUCCAAUUUUAUCUAUGUGUAUCCAUGACGAAACGUAUCAUGUUUUUACCCUUAUUCACACACACGCCCCGCCCCCAAUCGAACCCCACCCCGAUAUUAACAUUUAUGUGAUCCAAUUUUACUUCUCCUUCUACUACCACAGCACGAAUAAUGAUAACCGAAAGGCAACAAGUAUUAGAGUAACAUAAUCGCCAGUUUGUGGCUAUAAUCAUAAAGAUUUCAUUAUGCACCUAGUGAUAACUCAACCCAUGGGUAGGGGCUGACGGAUGUACUCACAGUUUGGCUUGGACUUUGAUGGAUUAUUUUAGAUAAAUAUAUAUUUGCGUGUCUCGUGUGUGUGUGUGCUACUUUUUGGAAGCGUUAAACUGUGACUACACCCGCCCCCCGCCUCAGAAAAAAGAAAACUAUUAUCGAUCAUGUUAGCGUUCAAUGUAAUCAGUUCUUUCCAAUAAUCUAAAUACAAAUAAAACAAAUAGCUAUAUUUAUUUA